AUGGAUUCCUUGCAAUUCCCUUGCAAAUUUGCAUGGUUUUCAAAAACUCUCGCAAAUUUGCAAGAGAAUUGUGAGAGGAAACUGUAUUUUCUCUCGCGAAUUCCUCGCAAAUUUGCGAGUGAAUUUUUUUCCUCGCAAAUUUGCAACGAAUUUGCGAGGAUUAUAUAUUUUCUUGCAGUUCCGUUGCAAAUCCCUUGCAAAUUUGCAAGGGAAAAUUUUCCUCGCAAAUUUUCCUUGCAAAUCAAUUGUUUUCUUGUAGUGGCCAUACGAGAGGUGCCACAACUUCCCAAUAGCUUAGAGUUCUUGAAUGCUCAUGGGUGUACGCAUCUUAAGUCGUUUUGCUUGAACUUUGAGCAGCUUCCUAGACACUACACCUUCAGUAACUGUUUCAAUUUAUCUUCACAACUGAUCUCUGAGUUCUUAGAGAAAAGUCUGACUAGAGUAGCAAGUAUAGCAAGAGCACAUCAACAGGAACUCACCAGAGAACCUGAAGUCAGCAUCUGUAUUCCUUCAGACGCACGUCAGAUAUUCUCCUUUCUCUUGCAACCAGGUCCAGAUGUAAUGAUAGAUUCACCCUGGACACGGAAACCUCUCUCUGGACUUGCUAUAUCAGUUGUGGUAUCAUUUCAGGAUGAUUGCCAAAACGUGGCAGGACUAGGGAUUAGGUGCAUAUGCACAUGGCAGACCAGGAACGGGUACUUGGGUAGAAUGGAGAGACUGUUUCAGUGUUGGGCUCCUUUGGAAGCUCCAAAAGUUGAAAGGGACCACGUAUUUAUCAUCUAUGAAACCCAAAUGCAUACCAAUGGUAGUGAAGAAAACCCUAACUUAUGGGUCAAGUUUGAGUUCCAUGCAGUGAGUUGGGACAACAAGCUUUUAGGUGAUAAAUGCAUGGUAACCCAAUGUGGUGUAAGGGUAAUUACGGCUCCAGGAAAUGAUACAAAUACAAUGUCUAGUGAAAUCACAAAUGGAAGUGAAGUUGAUGAGGACCAUCGUCCGACAUCUUCCCGAAUAAUGGUAGAGGCAAACAGCCCUACUCCUCUUCCAUCCAACGAGAGACGUACGGUUUCGAGAGUACAGAGUAAGCUAAGAUCUAAGCUAUGGAAGUGGAUGAGGACAAUUAAUUACAAGAAACAGAAAACAAGAAAAGUGGAUUCAACCACUACAAGAAAACAGGGGCUUACCGACGGCUGUAUUCCUCGGCAUUUCCUCGGAAUAACGGUAUUCCGAGGAAAUACCGAGGAACACAGCCGUCGGAAUUAUUUCCUCGGAAUUUCAAUGUUCCUCGGAAUUUCCUCGGAAAUUUCCGACGAAAUACCGAGGAAACUUAUUUCCGAGGGAUUUCCGUGGAUCACUAAUCGUCGGAACAUUCCUCGGAAUAUUCCGAGGACGCGGUUCCUCGGUAUAUUCCAAUGGCUUUUCCGAUGGAAGAUCCUCGAAACAUCCGUCGGAAAUAUCCUCAGAAAAUCAUCAGAAAUUUCCGAGGGAAAGUUUCCUCGGAAUAUUGUUUCCAACAGCAUCUACCGGAAAACGCUCAUGUCCACCGAUGUCUGGUGUCCUUUCUGCACCAAAAUCUCUUAG